AUGAUGCGCCCGCGGGAUCCGCGCAUCCGGCAGCGGAUCAAUCAAAUCUCGCACAAUUUAGAGUCUGCCAAUGAGUCUGCCCAAGAGGGAAUCUACACCUUCUCACAGAAUUACAUUUCUCCGUGUCUGAGCGGAAUCGGCCAAUGUGUUCAAUCAUGCACAGCACCUUGCUUCCCAAGCCGUGAAGACCAGCUGCGCCGUCGUCGCCGCGGUCGUGCCGAGGCCAACUUCGACUUUUACGAUGACUGGGAAACCGAGGAAGGCGAGGAAAGUUUGCUCGGUUGGGGCACCGGAGAGCUCGACCGAUUGCUGGCAGGAAGUGGACUGUCUCGCGGUAGCACCAGCGAACAGCCGCGACGGCAGAGAAAGUUGAGCUAUGGCACUCGGCAGACGAGGCGGCGCAGCACGGUACACACUUCCGAUUCUCGCGACGACCCAACAGUCAUACCAAAGUCUUCGUUUCUGGGCUUUCUCGAACGACUGCCCUGGCGCAUUGGUCCCAAGGGCCUCAAGUACCGGCCCUCCGCGGCUGAUUUACAGGAACACCCGGGGAGCCAUCAUCGUCAUGUGCAGGAGGAUGAGCCGUUGAUGGAAGCUUCCGAAGACGAACAGGAACACGUCUCUUACCAGAAUGGCGGACGACAACGGAGUGCAACUCAAUCGUCCCGAGGCACCACCAACUCCCUGAGCUCCCGGGGUGACCUGUUCCCGAGCGACGAAGAGGACGCGGUACCCCUGGACGACGAGUUUGCGCUGACACUCGGUCGGCGAAACACAGGUCUUGAAUCAGACGAUCAGUCUGGCAACAUUUCGAAGAUGGCGAGGUCAUCUUCAGGCACUUCCAGCCUUGGUGGCGCGUCCUCCAAGAACCCCAAACGCAGAAAGAAGAGGCGCUCGUCGACCAAGACUGCUACACACCCGGAUUCAGAAGUAGCUUCUGGGAAUGAGAUGCCGUCUCUUGCGGAUCUCAAAGUCGAGGAAGAGCAAGUGGCGCAGGAAGAGGAAUCCGCCGUCGAGAGCAAGCGAAUUGCUGCUCAGGACUUGGCGAUAAAACGCGGCCUAGAGUCAAGCGGCGCUAUUACGUCUUCCCCCGUCUCGAUCAGCAAUAGUCCAGGAAUCAAUCCCCCAUUCAUAUCAAAUAUCCAAACGGCAGAUUCAACCCCAAUACCCAUGGACUCCACUCAAUCAAGGCGCGACCCUCUGCUCCAUCCUUCCUCCGAAGACGACCUCCUGGAACCCUUUCCCCCCUUCACAGCGUCGGCUAGCUCAAUAAUUUCUAAUUCCCCAACCGCAGGUUCGGUUCCACCGCGGCCCGGCUCCGUUAAAGAUGCCGGGGCCAUCAAUCAUGUCCAGGAGCCGCGUAACGAACCUUCAGACGAACCCUAA